AUGGUCGCAGAUCUCCCGCUCACCACCAUUCCUCCCUCGAGGCCACACACGCAUACCGUCAUAUUCCUGCACGACAACCGCAUCUUCGCGCGCGACACCGUCAACCAGCUGCACGAAGCCACUGACCUCUCAUGGCGAUCCAUUAUCCAAAACUUUGCCUCGACCAGGUGGGUGUUUCCCCAAGCGCCCACCGACGAACCCCUCAUACCAUCUGGCCUGUCCAUAUCCACGGGAAUACAGCACGGGGUGCACAGGGGCCAGCCAAGCUGGUGGGGAGGCGACAUGGAUGACGGCGACGAAGAAAGGCGGUUGCAAAACAUGCUGCCCGGACUGAGGGAGAGGGUUCGAGAGUUACAAAAGGUCAUCCGGAACGAGGUCGUGAUGCUAGGCGGCCGCUGGGAUAGGAUCAUCCUGGGCGGGAUCGGCCAUGGUGCAGGCACGGCGCUGAUGGCGUUGAUGAGUCUGGAAGGCAGCCCUUCGAUGGACGUGGAUGGCAGCGGACCUCAGCGUCUGGGCACCUUUGUAGGGAUAUCAGGACAGAUGCCAGUGUCCGACACAAGACUCUCUUCAGCACAGCAGCUCUUCAGCCCAAACCACGUUUCGCCGGCGGAAAACCAGGUGCUGAAGAAGACGCCGAUGUUGCUGCAGUACUGUAGCAACGGCGGGGAGGCGUACCUGGAGCAGGGCAGGACGUUUCGAGAGGUGGUCCUCGAGGGCGGCGUGGAGGAUGUUGUCUGGAAGGAGUACGAGGAUGCGUAUCCGUUUUUGAAUUCGCCGAGGGGGGCGGAGGAUAUGAAGGGGUUUUUGAAGGAUAGGAUGAACAUGAGGCCGAAUUGGUGA